CUCGAAUAUUGUUCUUUUUAUUUUUCUAUUUAUUACUAAAUUAAGCUUUUAUACAAUAUCCCCCUUUUUACAUAUACCAUGAUUUUUUAUUAUUAUAUAUUAUUAAUAAUUACUACUGCUAGUAUUCCUUUGAUAAUCGCUUUCGACGACGACAGUAAGAACAAUAAAAACACUCCAAGCACAACUACAGCCGUAACUAGUACAACAGACAUUUUACUUUUUCCAUUAGAAACAAGUAGCGAUAAUAAUAAUAAUAAAGCUGAUGAUGAAUCAACUCAACCUGUGAAUGAAGACAUUUAUAAUUCAAAAGAUCUAUUUUCAACUGAACCUUUAAUAGCAAAUAUAAGCGAUGUUGUCCAAACAAGGCUUUAUUGUGAAAUAGAUGAACAUUUAUGUAAAAAUGUUGAAACUGCCUUGAUAUUAGCAGCAACCGCUAUUGCUGAAGUUGUAAAUUUAAAGAAUAAAAUAGUGUUUCAAGCGUCUUACUAUAGUUUUUGUAUUAAUCAAUGUUCUAAUGAUACGUUUGGGUGGGGUACACCUAGUUCACAGUUUACACUUAUUUCUUUAAACGAAGCAGAUUCAAAUUUUAUAUACCCUCAAGCAUUAGCAAAGCAAUUAGUAUUUACAGAUAGUUCAAACUGGGCCAAUUAUGAUGUAGCUAUUGAUAUUAAUCAUGAUAUUUAUAUGAAUGCUGUUAAUUAUGAUACAGUGUCUGAUUGGAAUGGCACAGGUAUACCACCUCAAGGAGGAUUUUGGUUUCCUACACUGGGUAAUAUAUCUUUACCUAUUGAAGAUCAUCAAGUAGAUUUGGAAUAUGUCAUAUUGCAUCAAAUGAUUCAUGGACUUGGCAUGCUUAGUUCUUGGGCUCCUUACUUUUCUGACAUCAAUUCUCCUUUUAAGAAAAUAUUAUCAGGUCUUAUCUUAGCCGAAGAUAGUCUGAAAGUGAUGACGCCAAGCCCUUAUUGGUUUGUUAAAUAUCAAACGGGGCCUGUCUAUAUUACAGGAUUUCAACCAAACAUGAUCUUUGAUAAAUUCAUUCAUUUAUUCAUACCUACUAAAAAUGAAACUAGAUGGUUGGGUGACUUUGGAUUUGACAUGCAAAACUUUUGUGUGGAUGAUCAUGACGCAUUUAUCGCUAAUUUUAUCCAUGCUUUCUUAAAUAAUGCGACUCAGUCAUCCAAGGCGAAAAGCAUUUAUGUAUCUAUGACACAACCUCAAACGUUAACCUUUCAUUUUAGUCCAACUUGUAAUAAAAGUACUUUCUAUACGGAUACUUAUCUUAAUCAGACUUACAAGACAAUACAGCUGAUGACGGGCUCAAAUAUCUUGGAGGAAAUAGAAGAAUCUUAUUAUCGUCCUGGUAUUGCAACCUCUCAUUUAGAUGAUACUUAUAUCGGAACAGUAGAUUUUUUAAUGACACAUAAAUUUAUACGAGGUAAAACGCUCGAAACGUUAGUAGAUGAAGCUUAUGCAUCCUUACCUAUCGAGAUUAAAUAUAAUAUCACUCAGACUAUUCAUGUGAAUGUGACUAUGAAUUAUAAUACGACAUUAGUUGUUAAUGGAAGCCGUAUGAAUACAGCAACCAACAUAACACGAACAGAACAAAGAGAAGAGACAGUUGAACGUAUCUAUAAAUCACCUAUUGGACCUGGCAUAUUGAGAAUAUUAGAGACCAUAGGAUAUUCAACAGUCUUGACAAAUACAAAUUAUACGACAGGCAUCAUUAAGACAACGAAGCCUGAUACAACGUGUGAUAAUAAUAACAAUAAUAAUAAUAACUUUCAAGUACGAUCUGAUGAUAUGUCAUUAAAGUCAACUUUAAUAGCUUCAGCGGUCACGUCAUUUAACAAAAAUACUGAAUUUUCUUAUUUUUUAUCAUUCAUAUUAAUAGCAUUAUUUUAUUGUCAUAUAUAA